AUGUAUUCAAAAAUCCUUGCGAUACUUUUUCAAACUUAUCUUGUCGUUAAAGCAUCGACACCUCCAAAUUAUAUUCCCAUUAAAGAAAUUUUAACAAGAAAAAGUUUAAAAGGAAUUAUUGUAUCUGAUAUACUUCCCAAAUUAUUCAGUGUUUUGGUUAUAACUCAAACAUCGCUUUAUCUUUAUGUUAUGUAUCAACAAGAAAAUGGUUCCAUACCGAUAUUGCCUGAUGUAAAUCAUAAAUUCUCUGAAUGGAACCGGUUGGAAAUUUUUUGUCAUUUGUGUAACUUUGUUGGAUGCUUACUACGAUUUUGGUGUUUUGAUACUUUGAAAGCAUUUUUCACCUUUAAUGUCAUGAUAAAAAAAGAGCAUGAAUUAAUCGCUAAAGGUCCAUAUUCUUUAUUGGCUCACCCUUCGGCAAGUAUAUUUUGUACUUUUAAAUAUGAACCUUUUUCUCAAUGCAAUCAUUAUAUUCCUGUAUACUUUCCAUUCCAAUUGAGUAACAUUCUAUCAAGUCUGUGGUUUAAAGCUUUUCAAGUAAGUUUGUUAGCUGUAACGAUUUACAGACGAGUCGUUCAUGAAGAAAUGGUAUUGAAAAAUCAUUUCGGUUUGAAAUGGGAUAUUUACUUUCGUCAACGGAAAAGAUUUAUACCAUACGUUUUUUAA